AUGUGCACCGCACGCGGAAGCGUCAACGUGCACUUGUCCGCCUCCAUCGGCAGCACCAUCGUGGUCAUCAUCAGGAUGCACUUUGAGAGCAAGCUGUCCGCCACGCGCGACCGCGUCGUCGUGCACUUGUCCGCCACCAGCGGCAACAUCAUCAUGCUCAGCGUAAACCUCGUAGGACGGAUCGCUCUCCGAGGACAAGGAGGACUCGAACACGAGGGCGAACCACGCGUCGAAGCAGCGGAUGAAGGGCCUGUUUUGGAAUGGCGUCUUACGCCGUGUGACCCAAUGCCAUUGGCGGAGAAGUGGACGGAGAGCAGCGAGAGCAUCGCCAGCAACACGAGGACGGGCGCCGCCAGCAGCAGAGGCAUGUAG